GUAACAGUACAUUAAAAUAGAUUAACAGUCCAAACAUUUGCUUCUUGUUGUAUCUACAUGAGAUCUACUAUUCUGAUAAAUCCAUGAUUAUUGGUUAUGUUAUUUUCUUAAUGCUUGGAGCUUUUAAAUUAUAUUUUACAAUCUCUUUCCUUAAUAUUUUUGUGUUACACUAAAAGCUGCGAAAUGUGCAACCAUAUUACCAUUAAUAAUUACCCUAACAUUUUUUUCAUGUUUGAUACAAAAGCUUCCUUUACAAUAUCUGGAGUAAAAUUAAUACUGUUCAUUAAGAAACCAUGCCUCCUAUUAAUUAUAUACUCUACAAGGAUAGAAAUAAAUGGUGGGCCAAUUAUGGUAGACCUUAUAAUACAACAUGUAUGAAUUCUCCUCCACAACCACAAACCCCAGCCACCAGUUUAGAAUCUUUUCACAACAGUCUAUUGAUUACAAUAAUAGAUAUUUUGAAUCAAUUUGAUGUAUUAAAUCUAUGCCGAGUCAACUCAAGGUUUCAUUCAUUAUGUAUGAAGAAAUUGUACAAAAGAGUGCUUGUUUACGACAAUGCACGAAGACUUGUAACACACUUCCGAACAAAUUCAAUUGCCUAUUAUAAUUUUACAGUUAUAAAAAGUUUGAAACGAACCCCACAUCAUAAAUUUCAACACAUUAUAUAUCUUUCUAAUGUUAAGCAUGAAACUGGACAGAAUUAUAUCAUACCAGCAGACACAUACAAGAAGCCUCCAAAUAUAAAUACUCAACUAAAUGAAAGGUCAUUUCAUAUUCUAAAUGUGAAUUUAAAAGAUAAUUCACGAAGUUAUAUAGUUUGUAAGAACAACUUACGUAAUUUUAAAUUAUUCAAGAAAGUGGAAUUAUCAUCGAUGUGUAGUUCACUCGAGACUCUCGACCGGUUGCAGGGAGUCUUUGAUGGAGCAAAAUCUUUGUCUUUGGAUCCUAUCCAUCUUCAUGGAUCUAAUUUGUACUCCAUUCUAUCACUAUUCAUUUUGAAAAAUAUUAGAGAACUUGAAAUAAAAAAAUCAUCAGCAUUUCAUAAUCAUGAUUCCCUAUUUAAGUUAAUGAAAUUAAUGCCAAAUAUUCGAGUCCUUGUUUUACAUGAUUCUGGAGUAUUUGAUGUACCAGGAAUGGUUAACUUUGCUAUCCUGAAUCUUCCCAAUUAUCCCCUUGAAAAGAUUUCCAUAGACGUAUUAAAAUCCUUAAAACUAUCUAUCAGUAAAGAGUACUGCCAUUUAGUUAAGAAAUUGUUGCUAAAUUGGGGUUCGGCUCUCAACCUUGUCAAAAUUAAUAGAGUAAGAGCCGGAGAAGAAACAAAUUUAUUGACUGUUGAUCUAUUUCAUUAUCAAAAUUUUCUAGCUGGUAAGCAUCUUAACCUUGAGAUUCUUGAAUUAAAGGACUUUAUAUCAGUUAAUUUUUUUAAAUUCCCAAAUUUAAGGUAUUUUACAUUUUACAACCAUCAGUAUGCGAUUAUAUGGGGGUCGGAAGGAUAUUCUUGGUCAAUUUACACAGUUAUGAGCUCUAGAAUUUGACUUAGUUUGUCACAUUAGUUUAUU